GCCUCCCCUCACCACAGAGAGGAGGAACAAUAAUAAGACCCUACAGUUCACUCCAUACCCAACACACACUCUCACACACACAGAGCAGAGAGAGACUGCUGGACCUCAGAGCGGCUGAACUGUCGAGCAGUAAAGAGACCAAAGAUGCAGUCUGUAGUUAAACACAACCUCCAUUCAGAGAGUGAGGGAGCCAUUAAUAAGCUCAUCAACAUCAAGCUCACAGCGUCCUACACCUACUUGUCUUUGGGCAUGUAUUUUGACCGAGACGAUGUGGCUCUGCCCAACUUCUCCAAAUAUUUUCUGGAGCUCUCUGUGAAGGAAAGGGAGCAUGCUGAGCGUUUGCUGGGGUAUCAAAACAUGAGAGGUGGAAGAGUUCUUCUUCAGACUAUUGCGAAGCCAACUCGUGAAGACUGGAGGGGAGGCAAUGAUGCCAUUUCUUUCUCUCUUGAGUACCAGAAAACUCUGAACAACUCUCUGCUGGAUGUCCACCGCAUAGCAGGCAAACACACUGACCCUCAUCUCUGUGACUUUCUGGAGAGCCACUUCCUUCCAGACAGCCACGAGACCAUUAAGAAACUGGGCGACUACCUGAGCAGUCUGACACGCCUCACUUCAAGCGAGCCCAACGGCCACAUGGGAGAAUACCUGUUUGACAAGCACACUCUGUGAAGAGGUCCUCUAUUGCUGUGGCAGUCUUGCUACUUUUCCAGUUACAAAGACCUUCAUUCCUCGGGACCAGUAUAUUAGCAUGACCCAAAUGCUCCUGCCAAAUUUCCAAUAAAAAGAAAAUAAAGCCAUUUGAAAUCCCUGUGAGAAUGAGGUCUUGUGACUUAACAAGCUUAAUACCAGCUAUGCACACAAAGUAGUGUGAGGGGUAGAUUCUCAACCCCAGUUAGAUACCUCAAAAUAUGGCAAUAAAGUGUUACAAACUGCGGUGCUGAAAAUCUUUUAGCUCCAUGUGGUCUGACAUUUUGCUUUUCUUUUUAAAAACACCUUGUUUGUAUCAUGACCUCACGAUGCCAUGUUUCAAAUCAAACACUGCCGUUUAGUUAUUUCAGCCAACAUUCCGUUAACUGUCUCCACUGAGGAUGUGAAUUGCAAAGCUAAGUAAAAUAAAGUUUUUAAAUUUACAAUAUAA